GAGCCAGAGCCAGCAUAGUAGAGAACCCCGGAUGGAUGGGAAAAUACCAAAAUCCAAUCAAACAGUUAUACGGAGACUUUCGUCGGAAUAACGUUGUUUUUUUGGUGCGGUCGUUGUUUUGUAUUUGUCGUCGUUGUGUAGUUCAUGUUCAUCAACAUCAUCGUUGGUUAAUCUUUUUUUCUAUUUCGGCAAAAAAAGAUUCACUCUUUUUUCUUUUUUCUUACACCUGCAGUAAGGGUUCAGGAAGUAGAAUUUGUUUCCUGUUUGUUGCGGCGCGGGUUGGAUUUUUCUAAUUUAUUGUCUAUCUACCGUUGUUUAAGGGAGUUUUUGGAGUAAAUCACAAUUAUUUGGGUUGUGUUUUUUUUUAGUGUUUUGUGUAUUGGGCAAAUUCAUAAACGUGCUUCUAAUACAAUUGUAAUAAUUGUAAUUGUUUGUAAACAAUAACUAAAAAUUUAAAUAAGAGGUAAACUAUUUAAACAAUAAUUUAUCGGUGUCUGAGAUUACAAAUUUUACAUCGCAUUUGUUGCACAUUGGUCCGAAAUUGUGUUUCAGUGCAAUUAUCAUCAGUGUUGUGUUUUAUUUGUGUUUUGAGUUCACAUUGUUGUUUAGAAAAAAAAAAAACAAAAAAAUUGUGAAAAAAGAAAAACAAAAACUUGUGAAUAAAAAGUAUUUGUUCGUUCGUCAAGACCUAAUUUGGAUACCGAAAAGCACAUCUUGUGGAGGUUAUACAACAUAGCGUUUUGAGUACGGAGGUGGUGCAUGAAUACUCAGACUCACUCACAUGAAACGUUACCGUUUGGAAUAUCGCAUGCUACGUAAAAUUAUUUCAACCAUUGGGGAAUAACAAUAUCAACAAAAAAAAAAAAGGAUUAUAACAUUCACAUUCACGGCACGCAAAAAGCACGCAUACAUAACGGUAUCGUCUACAUAGCCGUAGUUAUAUCGUAUUCGUUGCUGUCGCCGCCGCGGAUGAGGACAGAGAUUAACCCAUAGACGUGUGUGUGUCAUCGUCGUCGUCCGUUCGUUCGUUACCACUGUGUCGGGGAAUGCGAAGUGUGUAGGUGGGUGGUGUACGAGUAUUAGCUAGCAAAUGAAAGGAAAAUUAUUUGAUAGAAAUCUGAAAAUGUGCGCACUACGAAGUUGUUCCGGAUCCGGAAUGGAUUUCAAAAACAAUGACAAAUAUUUGAUUGGCAUCGUUCUUUGGUUUAUGGCUUUGCUGCAGGUGGUUCAGUCGCUCGAUAUUGAAACAUGCAAAAAUCCUCUGGGCAUGGAAUCCGGAUCUAUUGCUGAUUUUCAAAUAACAGCAAGUUCAGCACAUGACAUGGGAAAUGUCGGUCCCCAACAUGCAAGGCUUAAAAUCGACAACAAUGGUGGAGCAUGGUGUCCCAAGCAUAUGGUAUCGCGUGGCUUAAAGGAGUAUCUGCAAAUCGAUCUGCUAAAGGUUCACGUCAUCACGGCAGUCCGUACUCAGGGCCGCUUUGGCAAGGGUCAAGGGCAGGAGUACACAGAAUCGUACGUUUUGGAAUACUGGCGUCCAGGCAUGACUAAAUGGAUUCGUUGGAAAAAUAUCCAAGGAAAGGAGGUUCUGCCUGGCAACAUCAACACCUAUAGCGAAGUGGAGAACCUCUUGCAACCGAUCAUUUUCGCAUCGAAAAUUCGCAUCUAUCCGUAUAGCCAAUAUGACCGAACUGUCUGCAUGAGGGCCGAAGUGGUUGGAUGUCCCUGGGAAGAGGGAAUUGUAUCCUACACUUUACCCAAAGGUGUUCAACGUGGAAUUGAAAUCGAUUUAUCAGAUAAAACUUAUGAUGGCCACGAAGAAGAUGAUAAAUUUGUUGGUGGUCUUGGUCAGUUAGUCGAUGGACAAAAAGGAAAAGAUAACUUCCGUACGGAUAUUCAUGGAUUUGGCAAAGGUUACGAAUGGGUGGGCUGGAGAAACGAUACGCCAAACCUGUUGGGAAAACCAGUUGAAAUUGUUUUUGAAUUUGAUACUGUGAGAAACUUCAGCUCUAUAGUAUUGUAUACCAACAAUAUGUUUUCGAAAGAUGUUCAGGUAUUUGUUCAUGCGAAAGUUUACUUCAGUAUGGGCGGACGUCACUAUACCGGACAGCCAGUACUAUUUUCUUAUAUGCCAGACACUGUAUUGGAUCAUGCAAGAGAUGUCACUAUUAAAUUGCAUCAUGGGUUGGGACGAUUUUUACGAGUUCGACUAUAUUUCGCAUUGCGGUGGAUUAUGCUGAGCGAAAUAUCUUUUGUGUCGGCUCCAGUAAUAGGAAAUUUCACCGAAGAAGAAAUUCCUGAAACAACACCUUCGCAAGAAAUCCCCUAUCAACGCGACGGCACACAAUCAAAAUACGACAAAGACAAUCAUAUACCUAAAGUUAUUGCACCAAAACCCAUCGACCAAGAACCAGAAGAGGGCUUCGUUGGUGUGAUAAUAGGCGUGUUGACUACAAUUAUUCUGCUCCUGGUGGCUGUUAUUCUCCUGAUAAUUGCCAGAAAUAAACGGAAAGCGGCCCGUGGCAGCAACGUCUUGGACGUGUUCCAACACAAUUUCCAUUCUGAUGCGCUGGGUAGCGUUGGCGGGGUUAAGCGUAUGCAUCAUGGAAGCAGUAACAUGAAGGUCGGCAUGGAUGACAGCGAUUCCAUGGACAAGAACAGCAUGUAUCAUGAGCCUUUUAACGUGAACAUGUACACGAGUGCUGCGAGUGCUGCGAGUGCAUGCUCCAUGAAUGACAUGCGACAUCAUCACAUUGCGCCAGAUUACACAGAAGUAUCCGAUGCUGUUUGUCAAGAGUACAUCGCACCGCAUAUGCAAAAUUUUAUCCCAAAAACUUCGGGCGGUUAUGUGAACGUUCGCACACGACCACCGCAGUCUUUGAAUAAUAUAUUCCCCAAGCCACCACCGGUACCGGCGCGACCAACCGAGAGCUACUAUGCAGCCACUGCCAUCUAUCGACCGAUCUCGAAUGGCAGUGGCAAUGGGAGUAUCGGGGGAAAUGGCAAUGUUACUGGCUUUUCCACACCAACGGGAACCCUUGAUUCUAACUCAACGAUACCAGAGAUGUCAAUAUACUUCCAGCCAACUUCAAGGAUUUACAAUUUCAAGAAGUUUCCGGAAAAUCUAUAAUUUUCAAUUUGUUGCGGGAAGGAUUUCGAUUGGGAGGCAACGUCUAGGCUAUUCUGAGGAGAAUUUAGAGAUUUUACCUACUAUAUAUUGACAACGAGCUGAUUUUUGUGUUUCUAUCAAGUUCCAAAAUAUAAAGCAUCCACACUAUCAUAUCUUCGGGGAAAAUACUAUAAGACUGAUUUCUUAUUAAAUGCGCUUAAAUAAAUAAUGUAUUUCAUUUUUUUUUCUGAAUAAU